CCCAGAUACUGUAGCCUAUGUUGUGCGCUUUUUGGCACCAAUCAUUAAUGGUUUGAACGCGCUCAGAACACAGUUUAUGCUGCCGAGUCGUAAUAGAUAAGCUGCACAGCAGAGAAGAAAUAGGCCUGGCCUACUCUCAUGUUAUAGCGAAAGGGUUAAGUGCUGCGGAUAGGAGGUUAGGGAGGAUGAGAGUUUGGACGCCCAACCACUUUGGCAGCAGACAACCCUUUGUCCAGCAACCGGCGCCUGUCGCCUGCCUGCCGGCCAUGCAGCUUCCCCACACCCGCGCACAAAGGGACAGAUCCCGAGAGUUACAGCCCCUAAUUAGAGAUACCCCCUUGUUUCUCCUCUUUUCUUUUUCGUGCAAUAACCACAAGCCCUCGUUUUCAUUAAGGGGCCAUUGUUAAACCCUGUUAUAUUCAAUUAACAGACCGAACAACGCAACCUAACUCUUUGUCCAAACUAAUCAGUCAAUGACCAAUCAAUAAACUGCGAUGACAAGCAAUUACGGGCCUGGUACUCGACAAAAACCAGCCAAGUGUUUACAUAUUUAGCUUUAAGUCAACCAAAUCGGAAAUCGAGAAGGACCAAAUCUUUAGUAGGUAAGUGACAUUAUGCAUAAAAGCCAAUUAUCAGUUGUUUCGUAUAUAUAUUAAUGGGAGAGAAAAAAAUCCAGACAAAAAGACCAUUGACAAGAAGCGGUUUCUCACAGUCGUCUGGGUGAGUUUAUAUCUGAUCUGCAGAAGUUGAAACUGAACACUGAGAAGCUUGAAAAUCUAUGAAGGCACUGAGGGGUUGAGAUGACUGGAUGCUGAUAUCAUUCAAUACUACCAACUUCAGAAAUACCAUGUAAAGGAGAGCGCCUUCAGGCUUAUUGCCAUUAUUACAGUACCACAUCAACAUUAAAGGUCACGUGCACCUGAUCAAUCACUACUGGUCUGUAGUCUUUUUUUUUAAGGACAUACAGUCCACAUGUGUUUUAUGUCACUUCAUACUAAUAUUUGGCCAUUGAAGCACUUUUCAACACCUAAAAUUACAAUGAAAUGUAUUGUAUAAUUUAUAUGAAAUUAAUCAAAGUGAGAAAACACAUUCACAUAUAUUAAUAUUUAAUAUUAAAUUCUUCUAAUAGGCUAUAAUUUAUUAUGUCAGGUAACAAAUCCACUACAAAUGUUUACAUUUGUACAAUUAAUUCAUUACUAAACAAUGGUUUGUUAUUUCUGUUCAUUUCCUUUUACAUUUCUUAAUGAAUUGUUUGACCAUUGUCUUAGCCCAUUUAGUGACAACACUGUGUUAAGCGGAUCUUUAUCUCUCUUUUUUCUAGGCAAUAACAGUGGAAAUGUAACAACAACAAGCAGUGUUCUCACCAAGACAAGAAGAAAUUGAUAUUAAAAAAAAAAAGAAAAAAGAAAAAAAGCCUAUCCCUUAAGAAAUACCCAAGUGGCAACUAGCCUGGCAAAGACACAUAUCAAUCUCUUUGAAUGUGGGUGGUGAGGAACAGUUGCUUUGAGAAUGUGUUAGCUUUCAAGCUUGAGUGAAGCUGUCAGAAGCUGUGUAGAUCCUGGGGAGGAGGAGUCCCAUUCUCACACAAGUUGUGCAUUCAGAAAGGCUGAUGAAAUGCUACAGGAGAAGGCCUCAGCUCUGGCUGAUGAAGGUAUGACCGUGGCCCAGUUGGGUGGGCGUCCUGAACUUGCCAGUGAUUCCUCACAUUUGGGCAUGCCUACAACUCCCAGCAUUCUCCAGAACAAUGAGCCUGACAAGAACAUUGAAAACAUCAAAGUGGUUCUUCACGACAGGGAACUAUGGAAGAAGUUCCAUGAGGCCGGAACCGAGAUGAUCAUCACCAAAGCAGGCAGGCGGAUGUUCCCCAGCUACAAAGUUAAAGUCACAGGAAUGAACCCAAAAACCAAAUACAUCCUAUUAACUGACAUCAUUCCGGCUGAUGACCAUCGGUACAAGUUCUGUGACAACAAGUGGAUGGUGGCAGGAAAAGCAGAGCCUGCCAUGCCUGGAAGACUCUACGUCCACCCAGACUCUCCUGCAACAGGGGCCCACUGGAUGAGACAGCUGGUCUCCUUCCAAAAGCUGAAGCUCACAAACAACCACCUUGAUCCUUUCGGGCAUAUCAUCUUGAACUCAAUGCACAAAUACCAGCCCAGGUUACACAUUGUGAAAGCUGAUGAAAACAAUGCCUUUGGAUCUAAGAACACAGCCUACUGUACUCAUGUCUUCCAUGAGACAGCCUUCAUCUCCGUUACAUCCUAUCAGAACCAUAAGAUCACCCAGUUAAAAAUUGAGAACAAUCCUUUUGCCAAAGGUUUCCGAGGCAGUGACGAGGGCGAUUUGCGUGUGUCCAGACUUCAAGGGAAAGAUUACCCUGUGAUUUCUAAGAACAUGGUCCGGCAGCGGCUUAUCUCAUCACAUGGUCACCUGUCAGGAAAACUGGGGACAGGUGUGCUGAGUAGCCACUCACAGGUGGUUUCUCACUAUCAGUAUGACAGUGGCGUCCCCCUGCCGAAUUCUGAUUCCCAGGAAGCUCUCUCUCACCCCUUCCCAUCUAGCAGAGAAUCCAGCCUUCUUUACCACUGCUUUAAGCACAGAGAUAACGCAAGGCAUUUGGACCUGGGAUGCAAACGACCCUAUCUUGACACAACAGCCUCUGCGGUUUCUGAGGAGCACUACUUCCGCUCCCCUCCUUCGUACGAUCCACCUCUGCUGUCCCAUCCAUACUGCAGCGAGGCUUUAGGUUCUAGAGAGGCAUGCAUGUAUGGAGGAAUGGAGGGAGAGGCAGGGGGCGCAGUGGGUACCGAUGACCUCCCUGCCCCGUCACUGAACUGCAAUAUGUGGGCGUCAGUGCAGCCGUAUCCUCGCUACGGCAUGCAAACUGUGGAGUCUGUGCAAUACCAGCCCUUCACAGCACACUUCAACAGCACAGCCUCCGCGGUUCCCCACCACUCAUCGUCCAUGCAGCGUCCACAUCCAGCACCUCCAGACCUAGUCACGUUUACCACACAGCGGGUGUUGCCACCGACGGCAUCUUCAGCAUCCUCCUCCCCCUCCGACCCCACCCCCCGUGACAGAGCACAUUCCUCGCUUUUUCAUAGGAAGCCUGGGUCGCCAUUACGUUCACAAAGGGAUUUCACAGGCUAUCCGAACCAUAGCCCUACUUCAACCCGAGAAUCAGCCUAUCAGUUCCAAACAGGGCUGAGCAGUGUUGGGCCUCACUGGACAGACAGUUAAACGGCCACCGUCCACAACUAUAUUCCUCUGCAGCUUAGAGAAACAAACUCUCUGUGAACAACAGCUGCAAUGAGAUUAUUUUUACAGCCAUGAUGCUAAAUUGUAAAGCAAAGCCAUAAAUCUAUUUACCCUCAUAGUAUAGGAAGCCCACAGUUUGUGGCACUGUAUAUUUAUUUGAAUUUGAGAUAUGAUCAGAGUUGUUGUUCAUGCGCAGGUGGUGAAGCCAAGCACAAACAGCCAACUUAAUGCACUAGUGUUGGCAUUAAAGGGAUAGUUAAUCUAAAAAUGAAAACGUCAUUCCAAAGCUGUUCUUCGGUGAAAAAACUUUUUUUUUUUAAUGGGUCAGCUGUGUUUGUAGCGAAUGUCAAUGGGUGUUUAAUGCAACAUUGGAUCCCACUGACUUGAAAAGAGAUUAUUUUUCAAAAUUCAUACAAUUUUGGAAUGACAUGAGGCAUGAAUAUGACAUUUAAUUUUUUGGUGAACUGUCCCUUUAAGAGGAACCUUAUCAGGGCUUAAUUUUUGUAUAUAGCACAACAUGUGCCAGCUGCAUUUUGCUACACUUGGGAGACUUUAUGUAUUGAGUGCAAAAAAGUCAGUGGAUUAUACCGAGAAGUUUAUUUGUUAGUUAACCUAAACAUACUUAGUUAAUGAGGCUGCUUUUUUCCCUCUUAAAAUGUUAAGAGUGUGCAAAACAUGUGCCAAGUCCAAAGAUUGGUUAUUUACUGGGUGUUAUUAAGAGAUCCUCAUUAUUUCCUAAUAAUGCAAUAAAGUUUUAAACAAAAAAGUUUUUUUUUUAUUAUACAUAUAUAUCUUUAUAAAUGUAUCUGGAAUUGCUAAUGUACUGAUGCUAUGCAAUUGCUACUAUUUCUUUGUAAUGCCAUCACAACAAUGAAACUAUUAAAUAUUAAAACACCUCUUCCAUAAUCAAAUGAUAGAAAAUGAUAUUUGUGGUAACAAAAACAAAUACAGAUCAGACCUACAGCUCAAAAUAAAGCUCACUGAGAAAAUACCCAUGAAAUCUUUAUCUUAGUGGUCUUGGAUUGGCUCCUAUACUUAUACUCCAUUUUAGUUGGACUAUCUGGAUUGUAGGGCCUGUUGAACAAUAUGUGCUACAAGUUAAGUAUUUGAGUUAUGAGUUUGGCACCAAUCAUUGUCUGAAUUUGUUUGAUUAGUUCAAUGCAACAUCAGAAAAGCUCAUUGCAACCAGAUGGAAGCCUAAAAAUGAUCAUUAAGAAAAGAAUAGAGAACAGUUUAUGCUAGGUUGGAAAAUCCUUAAGAGGUCGACGAUGUAAACCAGCCUCCGUGGGCAGGCACCCACAAGUCAAAUUAAAAAAGGAUGGGGUAUCACUGGUAAGCACUGUGAUUCUAAUGAAGAAAAGCAGGAUGUGGUAAGGGAACAUAUAGUGGUGAUUUUACUCGAACUGUCAUUUAAGUUGACAAAUCUGACAAAAAGAGACAGUUCAUUUACUAUGUAACAAAUUUUCUCCAUAGUUAUUUCUGUUGUUUGCACGUUAAAUAAACUGUACCUUUUUAGAGAUUACAUUAUGUAACAUUGUUUCCAAGACCUCCAGUUUGAACAGACCAUGAAACCAAAUUGGCCUAUAUAUUGGUUAAUUAACAUAACUAACAACAUGUAAAUAAUGAUCUACAGACAACACUCAAAUUUCA